AUGGGUGUCUUCUGUGAUGGUUGGGGGAGUGCCAUUACUGCUCUGUCCUUAAGGCCAAGAAAAGCUAGUUCUGAAGUCUCUCUUGUCAGGUUCGCAAGGCUGGCUAGUGACUCGCUGCAACAGAUAGAACGGCAGCUGAAGUGCUUGGCCUUUCAAAACCCUGGACCUCAGGUGGCAGAUUUCAACCCCGAGACAAGGCAGCAAAAAAAGAAAGCUCGGAUGUCGAAGAUGAACGAAUAUUUUUCUGUGAAGUACAAGGUGAUGAAGAAGUACGACAAAAGCGGCAGGCUGAUCUGUAACGACGUGGACCUGUGUGACUGCCUGGAGAAAAACUGCCUGGGAUGCUUCUACCCGUGCCCCAAGUGCAACUCCAACAAGUGUGGGCCAGAGUGCCGGUGCAACCGCCGCUGGGUCUAUGACGCCAUCGUCACCGAGACUGGCGAGGUCAUCAGCACCCUGCCAUUUAGUGUUCCUGACUAGGGGAUACGAUCCAUAGAUUCUCUCCCCCCACCCCACCCCCGCCUCUGUGUGUGUGUGUGAGGGUGUGCAUUUGUUUGUUUUGAGACAGGGGCUUGCAGCUCAGGCUGCCCUUGAACGUGAACUUAAGACAAUCCUCCUGCCUCAGCUUCUCAAGUUGUAUUAAUUUAGAUAUAGUA